AUGUCUCCGCUUGCCUUAUUUGAGGACAAUCCCUUUCAGGUCUUGAUCAAAGAGACCAACGAUGAUCCCACUGCGUUGCAAUCGCGAUAUCAAGAUCAUCGUGUGGCUAGAAAUGAGCAGCAGGGCACGAAAAUCCUAGCAGACAGCUUUCCUGGGUGGUCCUUGGACCCUAUCCUGAGUCGACUGGAUGGCCCGGGAAAGGAAGAUGGAUAUCUUGAUCCUCGAAACUGCCUUGUGAUUUGGGCCAGGCCCCCUCCUCACAUACGUGAUCUAAUCUGCUUUAUUCAAAGCGAGUUGAAGGAGAUCUCCCCUUCGAUUUGGCUUAUGCCCCCUGAAAACUUGCACACAACGGUGUUGGAAGUUGCCCACUCCCUGACCGAAAAGGAGAUUGAGGAGCUAGUUCAAAUCCUGCAGGCUUCCAAAGAUGUAACUGCAGCUCAGAUUGCUGAAUAUCCCAUUGCUCACAAAUCACGUCUCUUGAAGCCGAUGGUCAGCUUCGAUGCCUCUGCAAUGGCACUAAGCUUUGUUCCAGCUGCGGGUGAAAAUUCGCAAGAUGAAGACAAUGAUGACUAUUCGUAUCACCACCUCCGCCGAGAUGUGUUCCAGAUGGUCCGACAAGCCCAACUCCCGGUGGCUUCGCGGUAUAUCGUUCCAUCGGCACAUGUGACCAUCGCACGCUUCAUCAAUAAUGAUGAUUUUCUCGUGCAGGGAACGAAAGGCGCAGAGCUUGAUCGUGCGCGCGUCAAAUUGCUGGUGGAUAAAAUCGAGACCAUCAAUAAGAAACUGGAAAGUGAGUUCUGGCCUCAGGCGAAUGGCACCAUCCCCAAGGGGGGUGAAUGGGAUGUUGGACAGCAGAACUUGGUGAUUCGGAGAGGACGUCUUUGGUAUGGAGGUGGUGAUACCGUCAACGUGUAG